AUGAAGGCCCCGUCAACAUGCCGCACCUCCUGGUGCUGGUAUGCUGCUCUUGGAGCUUUGUUACCAGGCCUGCUGGCGAAUGCCAGCCCGGCUGUCAAUGUGGCUCUCCAGGCUUCAUUCGACUCGUCUCCGUACCUCGUGGAACUGCUAGAGUCGGCCGCUGAGGAGAACUCGACCGCCUACUUCCCAUUGCUUGACCGAAUCGCCGACGGCACCUUUGAAGAUGCGACUACCGAAGAAGAGCUUUACCAUCGCUUCCUGCAGGUCGUCCAUGAAGAUGGGCACCUACGAACCGCUGAGAGUCUUUCGUCCUUUAAGCUGUCGCUUGCAGUCCGAUCGCCCGCCCCGCGAAUCCAGGCUCAUUACCAAUUUUACAACACCUCUGUUCAGCAGUCAUUGAUGGCUGCUCAGGAUGCGGCUUGUCCGGUCUGGGUUCACUCCGAAGGAAAGCAGUAUUGCUCCUCAGCCAUGGAGAGGGCACAACAGGAUGUCGAGGGAGAAUUAGACCCUAGGGAAUUGCCCUUCGAUCGAGUCCUGGGCGAUUUGUCCCUUCCUCCGGCCAUUCUCUACGCAGACGUUUCCGCGCCCAUGUUUAAAGAUUUCCACGAGACGUUGAGUGAUAUGGCGAAGCAGGGCCAGAUCUCGUAUCGCUUGCGCUACCGACCGCCUCAGCAUUGGACCUCCCGUCCUCUGUUUGUGUCUGGAUACGGUGUCGAGCUGGCUUUGAAACGGACGGACUACAUUGUCAUUGAUGACCGAGAUGCCGAACAGCGAGAUGAGAGCUCGAAGGAUAGCACGACAACUGGACAGUUGAAGGAGGAUGCGCCUGAUGACCUGCGGCCUCUUUCCUCCUCCGAAGUGUCUAGAUUGGGCAUGAACUCUGCAGCCUAUGUUAUGGACAGCGAGGAUCCUUUGGGCACUUUGCUCAAACUAUCCCAGAACUUCCCAAGGUACUCGUCCACUGUGGCAGCUCACAACGCUACCAAGGAACUGCGCAACGAAAUCCGUGUUAACCGGGCGGGAGUGAUCCCGCCUGGAUAUAAUGUCAUGUGGAUCAACGGUGUACAAAUUGAUUCUCGGCAGAUUGAUGCCUUUUCUCUUCUGGACAGUCUCCGUCGGGAGAGAAGGUUGAUCGAGAAGUUCCGAGACCUAGGCAUUUCUGGACAGGAGGCUGUGAAGCUGUUGUCGCACCCACUGCUCGCUGAAGCUCACUCGGACGAUGACGUGCAGCGAUAUGAUUUCCGCGAUCAGUUGGAAGGUGGUGACGUUAUCAUCUGGCUGAACAAUCUAGAGAAGGACUCUAGAUACAAGGCCUGGCCCGGUGACCUCGAAUCGUAUGUUGUGAGUGCCUAUCCAGGACAAUUGCCGCCAGUCCGCCGUGACCUGCACAACGUCGUCGUGCCUGUGGACUUGUCCGAUCCCGAAGAUAUGCUUUUGGUUGUCAAGCAGGUCCAGAUGUUCAUCAAGCGGUCUAUUCCCGUGAGAUUUGGCUUGGUGCCUACUGCUUCGUCUCCUGAAUCGAUUGCUCAAUUGAAGGUAGCACACUACCUCCACGAGACCUAUGGACUUUCCGGUCUCAUGGGAUACCUGGAAGAGUCUGCUUCCAAACCGAAAAAGGGCGGCCCCGAAAAGUCGGUUUUCAACCUUGCAGUGAAAGAGCGGGAACCCCGUGCUGAAAAGGAGGUUCUUUCUCUCGACGACUUAUUGAAGAACGAGCAUUACAGCACUGUGGCAGCUCACACCGUUGAUUACCAGCGUCGCUUGAGUCUCACGGGCGAGGCUCCGCAUUUCCUGGUCAAUGGUAUCCCGAUUUCCCGCGACGGGAACUGGAUGCAGGAGAUGAGUAUGACGAUUGGCAGGGAUCUAAAGCUGAUCCAGCAGGGUAUUGUCGACGGAGUCAUCGAGGAGGAUGCCUGGCUGCCGGAAUUCUUCUUGGGCUCGUCUUUUGAACGACGCAACACUUUCCUCAUGCCCGAAGACCCUAAGAGCGUGCAGAUUGUGGACCUUGCCAGUAUUUUUGGACCUGAUGCAAACUUGGACAAGAUCCCCCGAAUCGAACCCAAGGAGGGUGUUCUGGGCGGGAUCCAUGUCAUCCUUGUUGGUGAUUUCGAGUCGAAGGAGGCCAUGAAACUCCUGACUGAUGCUCUCAACUUCCGGAAGGAGAAUGGGGAGGUGGAGCUUCUCCUGGUGCACAAUGGUGCCUCCGAUUCCCAAGAGGAUACCCCGAAUCUAAACAAGAUAGAAAACUUGAUCACCAAGGGCGAGAGUAUUGACAACAUCCUGGCAAGCAUUGGUGCUCAGGACUCUGGAACAUACGCAGAGGCGCAAAGCCAAGAAACAAUUGCUACCCACCGACGACUUGCUGAGAAACUUGGAUUUGAGCCUUGCACUGAAGGCCUCGUUGUCAACGGGAGGGCAGUCGGUCCUAUUGACAAGGAAUCUGGCCUAAGCGUCGACGAAUUGGCUCAGCUUAUCGCCUACGAACGUGUCAAACGCAUCGACCCUGUUGCUGGGGCUUCCCUGAGUCUUGGACUGAACACGAAGCUCUCUAAGCCGCUUGACCUGGCUAAGCUCAUUUCGCUCGUGUCACUGUCGACGAUCUCAGAUGUCCCCGAGGGGAUUUUUGAAUCCACACCCGACUUCCGAUUGGACGUGUCAGAUAAUUGGAAGACCGAACAUUCUGUCAUUACUGUUUCGAACUCCGAGGAUCCGGCGAUCAAUGUUGCGGCUGUCUUGGACCCCGCGUCGGAGGUAGCCCAGAAAUGGCUGCCCAUUCUCAAGGUCAUCUCUGAAUUGGCUGGUGUCCGGCUUCAGAUCUUCUUGAACCCCAAAGAGGAGAUUCAGGAGCUUCCUGUCAAGCGCUUCUAUCGCUAUGUGCUGGAAUCGGAGCCAAAGUUUGCCUCCGAUGGAUCUUUGUCUCGCCCUGAAGCGUCAUUCUCCGGUGUGCCGGUCGAGGCAUUGCUUACGCUGGGCAUGGACGUACCUACUUCGUGGCUUGUUGCACCCAAGGAGUCAGUCCAUGACCUGGACAACAUCAAACUGAGCUCGCUCCAGACUGGUUCAAAUGUUGACGCUAUUUACGCCUUGGAGCAUAUCUUGAUUGAAGGUCACUCUCGGGAUGUCACCACCAAGACUCCACCGCGAGGCGUGCAGCUCAUUUUGGGAACAGAAGAGAACCCUCACUUUGACGACACCAUUAUCAUGGCCAACCUGGGCUACUUCCAGUUCAAGGCUCAGCCUGGCCUGUGGCAGAUCAAUCUGAAGCCCGGCCGUAGCGAGAAGCUCUUCAACAUUGACAGCGUCGGUGGUCUGGGCUAUCGCCCUCAGCCUGGUGACGAAAACAACGAAGUCACCCUCCUAUCCUUCCAAGGCCGAACGAUCUUCCCACGUCUCUCCCGCAAAGCCGGCUACGAGGAUGAAGACGUACUCGAAACCGGCCACAAAGCGGGCUCGACAAUGGACUACGUAUCCAAGGGCCUCAACUUUGCCUCCGGAGUCCUCUCAAGCGUUGGAGUAGGAUCCAAGAGCAGCAGCGAGCAACACGCAGACAUCAACAUCUUCUCCGUCGCCAGCGGCCACCUCUACGAGCGCAUGCUCAAUAUUAUGAUGGUCUCCGUCAUGCGCCACACCAAACACACCGUUAAGUUCUGGUUCAUCGAACAAUUCCUCUCGCCUUCAUUCCGCGCCUUCCUGCCCCAUCUCGCCCAAGAAUACGGCUUCUCCUACGAGAUGGUCACCUACAAAUGGCCCCACUGGCUUCGCCACCAGCGCGAAAAGCAACGCGAGAUCUGGGGCUACAAGAUACUCUUCCUGGACGUGCUGUUCCCUCUAUCCCUGGACAAGGUCAUCUUCGUGGACGCGGACCAGAUCGUCCGCACAGAUAUGUACGACCUCGUUACGCACGACUUGCAAGAUGCGCCGUAUGGGUUCACACCAAUGGGCGAUUCGCGGACCGAGAUGGAGGGCUUCCGCUUCUGGAAACAGGGCUACUGGUCCACCUUCCUACGCGGCCGUCCGUAUCACAUCUCCGCCUUAUACGUGGUCGACCUCAACCGUUUCCGUGCUCUGGCCGCCGGUGACCGGCUUCGUGGGCAAUACCAGAUGCUCUCGGCCGAUCCCAACAGUCUUAGCAAUCUGGACCAGGAUCUGCCGAACCAUAUGCAGCACCAUAUCCCUAUCCAUAGCCUGCCGCAGGAGUGGCUGUGGUGUGAGACAUGGUGUUCGGAUGAGGAUCUGGCGAGCGCGAGGACUAUUGAUCUUUGCAAUAACCCCCAGACUAAGGAGCCUAAAUUGGCCCGGGCUCGGAGACAGGUUCCUGAGUGGACGGUGUAUGAUGAUGAGAUUGCGGCACUGGCGAAGCGUGUUGCAAGUGAGCAGGUUGAGUUCGUGCAGACUGGGGAGGAGGAACGGAAGGUUGAUGAGAAGGAUGUGAAUGAAGACCGCAAGGACGAGUUAUAG